AUGGAGAAGGAAAAUGCGUAUGAAAACCCCAAUAUGGAAAUGAUGGAGUUAAAUGUGUUUGGCAUUUGGGCAUAUGAUUCAAUUUGGGCCCUAGCAAGGGCAGUGGAGAAGGUAGUGGAUAAGAUUUUUAAAACUAAGGAACAAAAUGCAGCAUUGAACAUGAUAGACUUAGCUAACAUUGGAGCUUCUCAAAGUGGCUCAAUAAUUCUAAACGAGUUAUUGCAAAUUAGAUUUAGGGGUUUAAGUGGUGAGUUCCAAUUUAUGCACGGGAAACUAAUCUCUAGAGCAUUUGAAAUAGUGAAUGUAUUAGGCAAAUGGGAGAGAAAAGUUGGAUUUUGGACAGUGACUGAUGGAAUCACUAAUGAAAUGAAUCCAUCUGUUAGUGAAAAAUAUCCGAGGUAUUCAAGUACCAAUACAGGUCUUGAAACCAUUAUCUGGCCGGGAGGAUCUACAACUACUCCAAAAGGUUGGUUGAUGCGAAUGAAUGGUAAAAAGCUAAGAAUUGGUGUACCAAUGAAUCAAGGGUUCGAAGAGUUGAUAAAGGUGCAGCGUAAUCCUCAAACAAAUGCAACAACUGCCACUGGUUUCUGCAUUGAUGUAUUCAAUGCUGCCAUUGAUGGCUUACUAAAUACUGAAUCAUACAAGUUUAUUCCAUUUGAGGAUUCCAAUGGGGAGCCGGCAGGAAACUAUAAUGAUCUUGUAUAUCAGGUAUAUCUUCAGCAUUAUGAUGUUGUUGUAGGGGAUACUACAAUAACGGCCAAUAGAUCUCUAUAUGUUGACUUUACAGUGCCAUAUACCGACUUGGCUCUUGGAACAAUAGCAAAGGUUGACAAUAAGAACAUGUGGAUCUUCUUGAAGCCACUUGAUUCAAAUCUAUGGCUGAGAAGUGCUGCUUUCUUUAUCCUAACCGGCUUUGUUGUUUGGGUUAUUGAGCAUCCGGUAAAUGAAAAAUUCCAAGGAUACCAAAGUGGGUCUCUCGUAAAAGGAGAUAUUGUCAGCAACCUGAAUUUUGAAGACACUAAGCUUAUGCAAUAUUCAUCGCCUAAGGAAUAUGCAGAUGCUUUAUCAAGGGGAACUAAAAAUGGUGGUGUUGUCGCUAUUAUUGAUGAGAUCCCAUACAUCAAGAUCUUCCUUGCAAAAUAUUCCCAAGACUAUACCAUGAUCGCAUAUGAAUCUAAGACCAAUGCCCUGGCAUAG